AUUGCAUUAGACUCCCUUUGGUGCUGCUGGGAGUGGAUGCGAGGCUGCCGAGGCUGAGGUCACACGGGACAGCGGGACAGCAUGGCCUUAGCAGGGUGUCCUGACUUCUUCGUCCACCAGACCAACUAUCAGGAUAAGGUGGACCGCUCAGGCUCUCACCAACCUUCCAACCUCAUUGGCUCCGGAUUCCAACAGUCUUCCAAUCGGAACUCACCCAGCCAUCAGGAUGAUGAUGUGGACCUUGAGGCCCUGGUGAAUGAUAUGAACUCCUCUUUUGAGAGUCUCUACUCCCACACGGACUCCUCCCCUCUCCUGCACAAUGGCCACGCCCACAUGCAGGGUCCCUAUGGCAACCGUGGGCAGGCCAUGCCCCCCCAGCGCCCUCCACCCCGCUCACCAGGACAGAGACUCCGCCGCUCACAACCCAUACAUGUGCACGCAGUCAGGAGACUUCAGGAAGAGGAGCACCAGGUCAGGCCUGCCUCCCUGCCGGCCAUCCCAAACCCUUUCCCUGAGCUGUGCAGCCCUACUGGAUCUCCUAUACUGGACACGCUGCAGCAGAACCAGGCUUCAGACACACAUGUAAGAAAACAUUCUAGGGGUCCCUCCUGUGAAUCCUGA